ACUUACAAUUUAUAAAAUAACUACAAUAAACAUUAAAUCCCAUUGGUAAAAUCUAACCUAUGAAAAUGACGCAUUUUGAGUAACUGGAACUGCAUUUAGCAACAACCGCUAUCGAGGUUAAAGCAGAGAAUUUACGUCUCCUGUCUGCUCCAUAGGUCUCUCGUCGUAUGAUAAUCUUCACCUUGUGGGUGUGCCGUACUUGGGGAGAAAGAUGUGUAGUCGAAAACCGAUAAGAACUUUUGAGUGUCGUGAUUAAGCCGUCUUUACAAAUGAACGCCAUCAAGGUUGAAGAUAUUCCAGAGCUGUCAGAAAUGACCGUGUGUAUGCGGCUGAAGCCUGGGACUCAGUGCGAUGCCAGUGCAAAUAAACAGAUGUACCUCAGUGCCUAUGACUUGGACCCGUCCGAUAAAUUGACGACAAACAUCUUCUUCGUUGGACUUAAUGAUGAUAAUGAGCUGGUCUUUGGAAUUGGAAACAGUGCGCCCACAUGCAACUUCGCAGCUUCUGAUCUGAUGGGUGGUCUUUGGCAUCACAGCUGCCUUCCGUGGGACAGAUCAGCCAAUUCAGGAUACAUGAGUUACUACAAGGAUGGAAAACAAGUUAAAUAUCAACAAUGUCUUGCAGGUACAAGAACUGCAGGUGGGGAGUUGCAACUUGGAAGGGGUGGCAGAGCGGAAAACGUAGAAAUGAUAGGUUUCUAUUUAUGGAACAGAGUGUUGGCAGAAAGCGAGAUUACGGAAGAAGCCAGCAGGUGUGAUGUAGGCACGGGCGGUAUAGUGGUUAGAUGGCGUGACUUCUACAGCUCAGUGAGAAGAAAUCGUGAUUCCCUGAGAACCUCUGUCAGGCCUACAUCCCGGUGUUAUUUAGGGACACAUUUAGAAUGUCAAAGUGACCAGUACCAGAAACUAGAUGAAGGCGAUCGCGCUAUGGGCUAUAAGAACCAACCAGGCUCAAAGUACAAAUGUGACAGAAAAGGCGAGUUUUUAACAGGCUGGUACCGCAUGAUGGCAGAGACGGGUGACCAGAUCCCCGAGGAGUGUGUUCCGAAAGGUAUCUGCGGCACCGCGGCCACUGGCUGGUUAAAUGGUAAACACCCAGCUGUCGAGGAAGGAAUAGUUACCCGUGAAAUUUGUUACCUCUGGGAUGGCAACUGCUGUAGGUGGAAAAACGACAUCAAGAUCUUGAACUAUGGAGGUUACUAUGUGUAUGAGCUUCCACCCGCUCCUAUUUGCUUUGCACGUUACUGUGGCAACCAUAAGUGUUAGUGGGAAUUUUAUUUCAUAACUGAGUGGUAAAUAAUAGUCACACUGACUGAAAUCAGACACUUAUCCCACCCCACCUGCAAUGACCCCGACUAAGCUCAUGUAUUCGCUCAUCCGUCAUUGCAUCUAUCCAUGCAUCCAUGCAUCCCAAAUCAUUUCUGAUCCGUCCUUUUGUUUGACUGACCGUCAGCGUCUUUGUCUGUCUGUGCGACAAUUUAUCUGUCGUUUUGUUUGUCUGUCUGACAUGAUCCAGGUAUGAGGGACUACCUGGAUCAGGUGAGGCUCAUCUGCCCGUAGCGUCGAGGCGGGUACUUAGCUGAGUGCUGCUGGGGCAACCUGAAGAAGUGGGGAGGGGAGGAAGGGGGAUAAGGGUGGAAGCAAUUUGCUAUAGACUAGUAUCACAUCGAGACGGACGGUGUAGCAAUACUCUUGAUCUCUUCAGGUUAGAAAAGAAGGACGUCACCUGUCAUAUAGAGAUUACUUGCUCUUACUUGUGGAAAAAUAAGUUGAGUUAUUUUCGGCCCUUAGAGUAAAAUUGAGUGUGAAAACACUCCUUACAGCUAGGUUUUGUUAAAACAGUUUUCGGAUGACAUUGAUUCAACACUGUAAUGCUCAUUUUUGCUGUUUUAUAGCGCUGGGUUCUGAAUGCCACACCUACAAAGUACUCGAUCAAGCAGACCGGGCCAUGAGUAACACUGACAGAAGCCACAUUAAAACAGACAAUACAGGUCCAAACGCU